AUGCAGAAAUUGUUUUUCAAGAAUACUUUUUUUAGACUCCAGUCAGACAGUAAUAGCAUCAGUGACUCAAAAAGUGAACAUGAUGAUUACAUCCCGACUGAAUCAGAUUUAGAAUCUGGUUUGGAAAAUGACGGCGCAAGCACAAGCAACGAAGAGGAUUCCGAUUCCGAAAAUAUAAUUCCAAUUACAACCCAAAUUGAUGACAACAAACGAAAGAGACCCCGAGAAGAUGGUAACCAACGAGAAUUAAAUAAGAAAAGACGAAUGCAAGGAGAGGAGUAUGUGGGUUUUAGAAAGCCAAAAAAUCAAAAGAAGACUUAUAACGAUAUAAAAAAGCCAAAACGCAUCCUUAAACCACGAUGCGAAUGUGGAGGUGAAAAUAAAUCUAACCGUAAAUGUAAAUUACUAAAAGAACACGAUCGAUUGGUUUUUUUUUUGAAAAUUUCUGGAAAAGAUCUCAUGGGACCAACGAAAAGUUUUUAUUUGCAACACAGUGACCAUAAAAGAAUUAACGCGUAG